UUCUGUGAAGGUUUGAAAUAUCUGCACGAAUUAACCAGGAAUGGAAACUAUCGCCUCCGAGUAGAUAUGACCACAUGCAAUCGGUCGAUGGUUUUCGCGGAAUUCUCAAACUUUGCAGUUGGGGGCGCGGAUACCAAUUAUACUCUGACGAUCGACGGCUACGAAACGUUUUCAACUGCGGGAGAUUCAUUUACUCUCCACAACGGUAUGCAGUUUUCAACUUACGAACGUGAUAAUGACGUACAUAAUAGCAAGAACUGCGCACAUGCCUUUAAGGGCGGUUGGUGGUUUGUACGUUGCAUGGACUCCAAUUUAAAUGGACUUUAUAAAUCAUGUGCAACAGGGGGCAAAUAUAUAAACUGGAAAGCAUUAAAUACCGCAAGUCUUGGUUCCUUAUCCUGGUUGGAAAUUAAAUUCAAGUCAAACUAGUAGACUUUAUGGUUAA